UUUGUUUUUGCGCAAAUGAACAUUUCAAAUCGGGAGAAAAAAAUAAAGCUGGUAAACAAAUCCUCAGUGAUUUUUCUGUACAUGAAGCAGAAAAUUUAAGAAAAUUUGGGAACAGCUAUAAAAUUUAAAAGUCAACUUGAAAUAUUGUAAGCAUUAUAUUGCUGAUUCCUGGGAAAUGUUUGACUGUCUUAUUUAAAUUUCAUAUUUAAUUAUAAAGCAAGUAAAAAGCAAAACACAGAUCUUUAACUCCAUUGACAUUGGUUCCGAUAGUGAAGACUUUGUCUUAUUUUCGGGCAUGACAUGGACGACUUAAUUGCAAUUUACAGGUGAAAUAUGAUCAUGCGUAUUUCUUUAAGCUAAUGAAGCAGUUAAUCUCACUAGUGUUCAUUCGUUUGUGUUUGUAUAAUUCAUUUGAUACUCCCCCCCAUAGGCAGGGGUCAAAGAGUGACCAUUGUAAAACCAACAUAAAAUCUUUUAACGUGUUUGAUUUGCCGAAUACGGAUAUACCUCCUAUUUGAGAACCUGAAUAAUCAAUUCUUUGAACCACAUGAAAAGACGAACUAAUCGGAGACUGCAGGCGAACUGGUUCAAAGUUAAAACUUGAUCAAGUUUUUAAUGCAUUUUCGGGAUGGAAUCUUUCCAAAAUAGAUGUCCAUGUCAUGGAGUAGAGGAAUGAUUGAGCAUGACAAAUCGUGAUCGGCAGGAAAUGAGAAACUUCUGCUCAAGGAAUAAGUCAUUAAGAUAUUUCAAAAACUUGGUGCAAAGGGAUACGUGUCCAAUAAUGGAAGUAAUCAUAAUUUGAUACAGGAAUUCUUUCGCUCGUGUUGCAACAAGGAAUUUACGGCAACAAAGGAAUAAUUUGUCCGCCUCUGAAACUGGCAUAUUUGUGGAUAUAUUUUUUUUUUUAUUAAAAGGAAGUGAAGUAUAAUUAUAGCUCUGCGUAGUCCAAAAAUUUGUGAAGGAUGAUUGAGUUUGAUAAAUUGGAUAGUUGGGUAUUGUAGAUGAUUUUUGAACUAGUCUGAUCGUAAAUGUCCAGUAGGUUCUACAAAUAAUUAGAUUUUCAAGUGUAUAAUGGGUUUACACCACUCUUAAGCUUUCAGUUCAUGAAAUUAUCACUGCUUUUCAAGUAUGUGUACCUGUCUAAAGUCAACAAAGAUGUAAACAUUUUAUCAAAAGGCUAGUCUUGUUAUCCAAUGAGAAAAUAAUUGAAAAUAUCUUGUACAUACAACUUUACUUGGUAAUACGGUAAUGGCUUGGAAAUAAUUGGCUACUGGAUUAGAGCUUGUGUAUGUUUUUCAAACAGACAAUACCUGGCUGUCAACAUUUUUAUUAUGAAUUAACAACAUCAAAAGAUAAUCUCCCUGAUUUUACACUGACAACAUUGAUGAUUUUUGUGUUGCAAGUUUGAACGGAGAUCGUCUGAUACACACUGGAAAGGCGAUUGACAAGUUUUUAAAUUAUAGAGUUCACCUGGGCUUCCGUUACUCUUAUAAGAUAGAUAAAUGUGUCCAGAGAUUUUUUAUAUGAAUGUCAGAGCGACACUGGAGAAAGGGGAGGCCGUUUGAGACUGUUUGACCUGCAGGCAUGGUGUCUUCCUUUGAUUACAUGUAUCUUGUUAAUCACCUGGAAUUAUAUAUAGACCUGUACCUGUGGAAAAAUCGUAGGAUUCUGCAGAUGGCCAAAUCCUCGGAGCUGCAGGCUGCCAGUAGAACAAAUUCUUCACCUGUAAUUAGUGGAACCCCGAGCCAGUCCUCGCGAUACGAGGAUUUGAUGUACAUGAAGAAAGGCUGGCUAAUCAAGCAAGGCUCAUCGGAGAAGGAUUGGAAGAAACACUGGUUUGUGUUGACUGGGAAUUCCUUACGAUACUAUAAGGAUGCCAAGGCUGAGGAAACGAACACACUGGACGGCCGAAUAGAUUUGUCCGGUUGUUAUGACAUCACAGAGGUCAAUGUUGGCAGAAACUAUGGAUUCAGGAUCAAGGGUAUUGGUCCAUCAACAAGCAAUGGAGAGUAUGUUCUCUCUGCUAUGACCUCUGGCAUCCGCAAUAAUUGGAUGAAGGCAAUACGACUUGUUAUGGAUUUACAGCAGUCUGGCGGAUCCAAAAACAAUUCAGGAGAUAGUGAACAAAGCUCAGGGGAGGAUCUAGAUAUAAACUUGUCUAACAGUGGACGUUUGAGUUUAUCUCCUGACAGUCGCAGCAGCACAGAAAGUCCACAACUAUUAAAAAAGGAUCAGACCUUGAAAAACAUACGUCGCCACUAUUCGGAUGUGAGCCCGGGCAAUGUGGGCAAAAUGCUAUCUGUGAAAGAAGUGCUUCCCAAUCUGAACUUGGAAAGUAUUACUCUACCUCCAUCAUUGACUGGAGGUUCUUUAUCCUCCAGUCGAGAAAGUUCAGUAGAGAAAGAGGAUGUGAAAAUAAACCCAAUUAUAAUCACGGAGGCCUCUUCCCCAGAAUCGGACUCUCUUUCGUUAAGUGCAAGUAGUCUGCCACUGAGACGGUUCGUGGAGGGAAGCGACCACAUCACCGCUGAAUCAGAAGCCUCUACCUCAGAAAGUAGGUCACUAGGACUCAGUAGUGAAAGUAGGAAAGAGGAGGCGGAAAAACAGAGAAGAGCCAAGUCCCCCAGUGCAAGGGUCAAGGACAAGUCUCGUGUCCGAUCUCCACGGUUACAUUCCCCACAAGACACGGAUGAAGAGCAUCUCGAGCAUUCCUCCGAUAGAGUGGAUGGGUUAAACCCUAGUGUGAAUAGUCUCCAUGACAACAAGUCAGGUAGUCGGGAGGAGGCCCCGGUUGGAGCCCUGGUUGAACUCCUGGAAACAGAGGUUGAUACCUUGAAAGAUCGGCUUGAUGAAAAGCACAAAGAACUUGUCAAAAUGCAGGAAUCCAAUCAAGACCUGAAAUCUCGUCUGCAGACGGUUGGGAGAGAAAAGGAUAUAUCCCAGCCUCAGCAAGAGACGCAGAAUCCGCUAAAACAUAACAUAGCGGACCAACAGGGAGAGGGUAGCAAUACCGAAAAUGCCGAGAAAAAAUUCUCAUACAAUGUGACAACAAUGAGGAGACAGGUGAAAGAGGCCAGAGAUACAGUACAGAAACAGAAAGCCGAAAUAGAAAACCUCAGAACCAAGCUUAACAUGUCUGUCUCAAAACUUACGGGAACAGAAAAAGCUUUGUCAGAGGCCUUGCGAGAUCUCAAGCAGGAAAAGGACAAAUUCAUGAAAAUGUCCGCCGAGUGGAACAAGAAGAUUCGCAAUCUUGAACUGCAGCUUAAAGAAUCGAGUGCCAAAGUUGAGAGUCAACAGGAAAUGAUGAAAAUCAAAGAGAAUGAGAUUAAACGUCUGGAGACGGAUUUGAAAGCCAAUCUUCAGAAGAUUCGGGAAUACGAGAGGGAGAUUUUAAAACUGAAAGCAUCGGAGAUGGAAUACAAGCAGUUGAAAGGAAAAAUGGAUGAAGGGAUUAGAAAACUGGCUGAACUAAGGAAUGAACUGAAAGAAAAGGACCAGAAUAUGAAGAAACUCAAAGGUGAAUAUGAGCAGCAGAUAAGUGAAAUGGAUCAGGAGUUUUCUAGGGAGCGUGAUGAUAUGGAGCAACAUAUGGAGGCAAUGAAGAAACAGUUCUUGGAGGCCCAGAGGCAGUCAGGGAUCCCAGAAAACAUUGCACACCUCAUCGCAGAAAAGGAUGAAAUCAUAGCUCAGUUAGAGGAAAAACUGAUUGAAAAUGAUAAAAGGUAUGGAGAACUGAGCGACGACUUCCAAGCUGAGGUCGUCGACAAUGAAGAGUUUCAAUCAAAGUUGGAGCAGAGUCAGAGAGACAAGGAAAUAGUGGAGAAGAAAUUGCAGGAGCUGGAGAAAUUGCAGAGGAAAGCAACCAUGGAGAAAGAUAGGUUAGAAAAGGAGAACAAAGCCUUCAAGAAAAGUCUGGAUGAUCUUAAGAGGGAAAAUUCAGAACUGAGUGCUGCAAUCAAUUCAGACAAGCAAACCAUGUCCUCACUGGAGAAAGAAAAGAGUACUAUAGAGUCCAAAUUACAGAAAGGAGCUAUCCAUGAUGAAACUACCCAAAAACUGAUUGGAUAUAUAAUGACAGUGGAUUCAGAAAUGAAAGAAGUUGUUGAGAUUGUUCUUAAAUCUAAAAAGGGACUUGAAGGAAAUGCUGCAGCUAAGAAGAGUGAGUCACUCUCAUUGCAAGAUAUAAUCAAGCUUGUCUCUGAUGUUGAAAAAAGGUGCAAGAGAGUUCAUGGCAUCAUAAAAGAAUCAUUGUCAUCCUCAUCUAAUGGAGGAGUGAAAGACACAGACUUACCGCAGAAAUUAUCAAAAGUGGAUAAGUUAACCAAUGAUCUGGAAGAAGCCUAUGCACAGUGUGAGGAAACUAAAAUGAAGGAGAAAGAGAUGGAGGUCAAACUGAACAUCAUGACGACUCAGUAUCAGCAGCAGAUUGAUACACUCAAUGCCAGGAUCGAUCAGCUCUCCAACAAGUCUGGAGUCUCUGCAAAGGCAUCAGCAAAAAGGAAAAGUGAAGGCACAAAAACUCCUGUAGAACUCUCCGACGAGAUAGAAAAACAGCUGAACGAGUUGGAAGAAAGAAUAAACUAUGUGGAUAUUGUUCUCAAAAGUCAAGACAGUGUGGAAUCUUUUUCAGCCAAUGAUGAGCAGGAGAGUUCAUCAGAGGAGGAAGAUUCAGAUGGUUUUUCGAGUUCUGACGAGAAGGACUCCGAGGAUGAAGUGGAUGCUCAGGAAACCAGUCAGUCAUCUGCUGCAGACAACCAACUCAUUCUAAGCAAACUGAGAGAAAUGAAAACACAGCUGGAGACCACAAACCACAGGAUAAAGGACAUCACUGGAGAUCUGACGAACCAGUCUCCUAGCUCUGUGAACGACUCCACUGAUGUGGAUGACGAUCUGAGGAAGAGGCUGCAGAAGUAUGAAGAGAAGAUUGACAGUCUUACACUCAGACUGACAGAUAAGGUUAGGAUGGUCAACUCUGGAACAGAGAUCUUUGAUGCCUCCUCUGACAGCACUCUAGCUUUCAAACAGUGCCUGAAACACUUGAAAGAGAAGCUACAAGACAUCAAUAAUAACAUUGCUGCUAGAGAGUCCCUAGAUGCUAAAGGAUUGAGAACAGUUCAUACCAAACUCAUGCACCUGUCACAGUAUAUUGGAGAGCUGCAAAAGUUUGAGAGAAGCGAUUUCAACAUAAUGAGUAAAAUGUCUCGACAUGAGGUACGAGCAGCAGCUAUGAUGGGGGAAAGAGAGAAAACAUCAAGACGAGGCAGGUUGUCGCUGGAGGACAAGAUGAAUGUGUAUGCAGACAGACUCUCAGUGGAGGCCAUCAUUUUAGGCCAAAUGGCAUACAUGAUCCAGAGACAUCAGAUGGGUUGCUUGAGCAGGGAUGUUCUGAUGAAGGAAAUCCAGGGAGUCAAUAGUAUAAUUUUAGAAAUGGAGAGACGUAUUGAUAAUUCAACUAGAGAGCUGAGUAAUUCCGACCAGGAGCGAGAUCCUGAUCUUGUCUCUUCUUAUGCUGAAAUGCUGGCGGAGAAAAUAGUGCUAGAGGGACAACUAGCUUCAUGUGUUAUGGCUGACGAUCAUCACCAUACAGAUGAUACGGCUAUCUUGUCUUCCCUCAAUAUCACUGACAAUCCGUCGAUCCUUGCAGUCGAAGUGUUCCUCAGAUCCCAAGUUGAUUCAAAUGUUCAUGAAAAACUGAGCAAGUCUGUGAGAGAAAUGGAUGAACUUACAGGUCACAUCAUCAGUAGGUCUCUCAUCCAAGGAGAAGUUAGCUAUGCCCUACAAAAGCUCAAAGCAAGAUUCAACACCCAUGUGGAAUCUGAAGAACUGAAAGAUCUUCUGCAGAGGGAGAGAAAAUUCCUCUGUGAGCAGCUUCAAGAUAGGUCCCAGUGUUUGUACAAGUCUGUAACAGACUACCAAACCUUAGUUCUUUCAUGUAUAAACUGUCACAUCAACCUCUCAUCUGGCCACAUCAGGGAUUCACUUAGUUCCAUAUUGGUAGGAAAGUUCCAUAAACACAUAUCAAGUAUGCGAGAGCAGUUAGAAAAAGUGGACAGCACUGAGCAAGAAAGAAUCAAACAUGUGAUAUUAGCAUUAGAAGAGGAUUGUCAAAUUGCACAGAGUCAAAUAGAAAGUUGUGAUGGAAGUGUGAACAAUGAAAGUGGUGAGCUGAAUCUUGUCCCCCCAGAACCUCUGGUAGGGGAAUGGACUGAUAUUAUGAUUCUUCGCUCUGUUGUGAGAGGAACUAUAACCCAUAUCAACAACUUGUACAGUACAGGACAUUUGGCAAUCAGUGAUAUGCUUGGCAAUAGCCAUGAUUCUGACAUGAAUGAGUUGUCUAUGCAUUUGGGAAGUAUGCUGGAGAAAGAAGCUGCUUCCAAGCAGACGAUGGCUGCAGAGCUGAAGACACAUGUAGUAGGUAGUUCACCAAGGAUGGAGAGAAUUUUGGAGCUUGUAGAUAUCAUUCCUGAUUUCUGUGCAUUUGAUCCAGAAAAUCUGAAUGAUUAUGCCAAGAAUUUGGUGCGGGAGGCAAUGUAUCAAACCCAGGUGACAUACACCAGCUACAAGACCCGGCUUAACCAUGAAAAAGAAAUGAGGGACUUGAAAAUUAAAUUAGAGGCUGGUCAAAAGGUGGACCUACUGUGUGAAACCAGCAGGGAGACGGAGAACGACAUCAGGCAAUCUCUGUCUGUGUUUGAGGAAAUCUUGGAGACCAAGUUUGAGGAUGAAUGUGAAGUAUUAAGCAUUCUUGACAAGCAAAUGAAACAGUUCCAGCAUGUGGCUGCUGGUCUUUUGUCAGGCCCAGACGCCAAACAGUUUGAACAAGAGCUGAAUGCUUUUGCUGCCAGUUUGGAGCAUGAGCUCUCGGUGGUACAAGAGCGCCAUGAUAUCCACUUGGAUGUUCUUCGUCAAGAAAUCAGCACCAUUUGUCUCAGGCUGGAGAAAAUCACAGAAGAGCACGACCAGGAGAAGAUAACUCUCUCCACGGAAUAUGAAGAGAAGAUCCAGACCAUGCAGGAUGAGCUGGACUGUAUUAAGAUUGAUCACGAGGAUGAGCUUGAGCAGGUCAGACAGGACAUUCUUACAGCAGUUAGUGCCAUCAAGGCCAAUGAGGAACAGUCUGAGGAGCAGCUAGCAGACCAAGUCAAGGUCCUCAACAGGCAACUCACCUCACAGAAAGAAAACUUUGUGGCUGCACUAGAACAACUCCAGAAAUCCCUCACAGUGACCGGAUCAAAUGAUACUCUGGCUCAGAAACUGGAGGAGCAGAUAGAGCACCUCCAGUCAUCUGGAACACUCCAUCCAGAUCAGCUCCACAUCUGUCCUGUGUCUCCUAUACCUACCUCACCCCCACCUAUUAGGGAGAUUGAGGAACCACUGGAUGAAAACUCUGAUGAGUGCAGUGAAAAUAGAUGUGUUGCUAAUGCCUUGGACAAGUCUUCUCAUGACUAUGAACUUCAACUGCUGAAGAAGGAGAAAGAAGAAGCUUUGGCAGAGGAGGUCAAAACUACCAAAGCUGCCUUAGAUGCAAUGAGAAAAGCUUACGAAGAGGAUCUGGAGGAAGAAAAGGAGAAAUACCGAGUGGCUCUGAAGACCAUGUUUACUGAUGAUUACGUAGAUGAAAUAAAAAAGCGGCAUGAAAAUGAGUUAUCAAAGGUUCAAGAGGAGCUAUCCCAGGUGUCAAUGCAUUAUGACAGUCGCCGGGAGGAUUAUAAACUGCUGGAGGAUAAGUUGGACUCCACCAAGCGAGAGUAUGAAAGUCAUAUCAACCAGCUGAUUAAAAGCAAUGAGCAGUUAAACAACCUUGUUAAUGAGGAGAUCAAUAAGCUGAAGGACUUCAUCCAGAACAGAACCAUGGCCACUGUUCCCGGCAAUGCCACCAUUGAAGAGGAACUGUAUGAUGCCCAGAUCAUGGUCCGAGUGAAGGAUGCUGAGUUACAGAAACUGAGGUCUCAAGUCAAGAACCUGGAAAACAACCUAGAAAGAACAACUGAGGAACAGAGACAGAGUAUGACUCAGUACCUGCAGAUGUUCAGGAAAUAUACAGAGCUACAGAACAAAAUCAAACAGGAAACAUCUGCCAAAGAGAAGGAUGAAUCCAAAGACAAGAACAGACAACUCCGACGAACUCCCUCAUUCCACCAUAGAGCUCGUAGUCCAAGCCCAAGUCAACAAAACCCAACAAAAAAGGAUGAGCACCAAAGCCGAGACUCUCACAAGCGCCGGUGUCACCUUGAUGUUAAAGAUCUGAAAAGAUCCAAGAGUAGUCCCUCCCUGCCGUUUGUCUUUGAUGGCCGUCUUCCCUUUGGACAAGGCAAGCACAGAGAUUCCCUUGGAUCCUCCAAGUAUUCCAAAUCCAAAACCAAGGCCUCCAAUGUCUAACUCUGUACCAAUGUCUAUUAAUUAUCAUUAUAUGUACAUGUACCAUAACUAUAAAACAUCAAAGUGGAGUAAAUUUCAGGAUAUUCUUUAGUUAAGUUUUUAUUUACCAUAAAUCCUAAAUAACCAAAUAUAAAGAGAUUUUUUUUAAGUACUUCAUUUUCCCUGUAAAUCGUUGCAUUAAAACUGCUGGUCAGUUUAACUUGUGAAGAAUGGCAUUUUCAGGACUACGCACAUUUCAACUAAACGAAAUUUAUCCUGUUGGAUUCCUUUACUGCUGAUCUUGUUUUUCUCCUGUUAUUGAAUUUUGUCCUUUGAAAGAAUGUUCUUGCCACAUGUUUUAUUUUUUUUGUUUUGAAUUUAUUCAAUGAUUGUGAUCCCAAGAAGUGCACAACAAGGGUCAGAAGAGCUAUUUUUAUAGUUUUUGUAAGAUUCCACACCAUUAAGUGCAUAUACAGCCAUUAUAAUUUAUUAAACCAGCCAGGGUUGUGAUUCUUUUUUUUUAAACUGCCUUGUUACUAAUUUUAAUGUUAUGUAUUUAAUCGACAGUCAUAUCAGUGGAUCAUGUGAUGCUUUUUUAUUCAGAAACUUUUCUAUCUCGGAGAAGAGUUGGCUGAUAUUUUAACAUUAUAUAAAUAUAUAUGUAUACAGGUUGGCCAUUUCUCUACAUUUUAGUCGGUUGUAGAAACAUUUGCUAAGCAGAUGAUCAGUGCUCUGAUAAUCAUGAUUUUUUUUGUACCCCUCAAUUUUUUUUUAGGUAAUUAUGUAUCGUCUGAAUAUACAUAUUGAUGUCUAUUGAUGUUAGUGUAUAAUUAUUAUACAACAUGUAUGAUACUGCUGUUUAGUUUAUGUAUGAAAACUUAUUAAAUAAAACUUCACAUUAGGGUUAUGUGCAUUUUUGCAAGGUGAUGCUACAUUGGUCUUUUUCAUGUGUAUUAAUUUCUCUGUUUCUGGGUUUUUUGUUCAUAUCACAAAGAAUUUUAUAUUAGGAAAUUUAUUUUACAACUUAUUACAUGUAUAUGUUUCAGAUGUGUAUUGUACAUUUCAUAUGAUUAUAUUCAUAUUACUGACAAAAUAAAUUUAUGAUAUACACUA